AGACUCUCUCUCUCCCUUUCUCUUUCACUCUUCUCUGUAUACGCCUAAACCAGUGAAGUAACAAAGUGAAAAAGCAGCGUGUGUGGUGAAACUAGGAAGAGGGUUGCUUGCUGUUCACCAAUGGUGGUGAAAACUCAACAACAAAAGGAAAAAAGAAUAGACCCUCCUCCUCCUCUUUUAUUUUCUUAGACCACUCCAGUGCUGACUUGACUGCUUUCAGCCUUUGUUGAUUCUCUGGUGGUUCUAUCAUUUGUAUGUUGCUUCAAGUUUUGGGAAUUCAUAGUUGUUGAUCUUCCUUCCUAGUCACCUUGAAGAUUUUUAAAACCAUCUAUAAAACCAUCAAGCAGGAAAAAUCUUUGCUUUUGAACGAAGAUCUUUCUCUUCUGCUGAAGUUAUUGUACAUGCUUAUAUGGCGAUCACUCACGAUUUGGUCAGUCUCAGCUGAAUUAUCACCAUGCUCGUAUGAGUUCAUCCUGCUAGAGGAAUAUUUAUCUUGGAAAGUUGCAUUAGCAAUAAGAUCAGAGUGAUCUGGUGGUGUGACUUGAGAGACAUGUUGGUAGCCUGAGAAACAAUGCCAAACCAGCUAUGGUUUGCACUGCCAGUGAUCUACAAGAAUGGAAGGACUUUCCAAAGGGACUCAAGGUCCUUCUUCUUGACCAAGACUCUGAUUCUGCUUCAGAGAUAAGAUCAAAGCUGGAGUUGAUGGACUAUAUUGUUUUUACGUUCUGCAAUGAGGACGAGGCUCUAUCGGCAGUUGCAAGCAAACCCGAUAGCUUCCACAUAGCUAUGGUAGAGGUGAAUACAAGAAGUAACGGGAGUUUCAAGUUCCUCGAAACCGCUAGAGACUUGCCUACCAUCAUGACGUCAAAUGAUCAUUGUCUCAGCACCAUGAUGAAGUGCAUAGCUCUUGGUGCGGUCGAGUUCCUCCACAAACCGCUCUGUGAGGAUAAACUCAGGAAUAUUUGGCAGCAUGUCGCCCACAAGAAAUUCGAGCAGGCAUUUAAUGCAGGGGUCGGAGAGGUCUCGGAGUCUUUGAAACCUGUCAAAGAAACUUUGGUCUCCAUGUUGCAGCUUCCAGUGAAAAAUGAGGAACAGAACAAUGAUGAGUCAGCGGAAACGAGAAAAGUGUCUGUUCAUGAAACCGAUCAAGAGAUGUCCGCUGCGAGUGAUAAGUAUCCAGCGCCAUCAACUCCACAGUUGAAGCGAGGCACGCGGCUCCUGGAUGAUGGGGAUUGCCAAGAUCAAACGAACUGCACGGUGGAGAAGGAGAGCGGGGAGCAAGAUGGAGAGUCAAAAUUCGUCGAAACAACUUGCGAUGAUUCAAUGUCUGAGAAUCUCCAGGAAGCUAAAGGCCAGAGAGUUAGGGAGGAUCUGGUAAAAGAGGAGGACGAUUCCACCGACAACUCUAAGUGUGAGAGAAUGAUAUCUCCGCUCCCCGAAAACAAAGAUAGGUCUCGCGAUUUACAUGGUUGCAAUGAUAAUCUAAGCAAAGCAUCCAAUCUUCGUAAUUCUGUCGGAACACGGGGUAACAGGAAGAAGAUGAAGGUCGACUGGACGCCGGAUCUGCACAAGAAAUUUGUGCAGGUGGUGGAGCAGCUAGGCGUGGACCAAGCCAUACCUUCUCGCAUACUCGACCUUAUGAAAGUCGAAGGCCUAACGAGGCAUAAUGUGGCGAGUCAUCUCCAGAAAUACCGAAUGCAUAGGAGACACAUCUUGCCCAAGGAAGAUGAACAAAGAUGGCCGCACUCUCGCGAUGGGGUCACCAGGAGUUACUAUCCGCAUCGACCCAUCAUGGCCUAUCCGCCUCACCACACUGGUCUCCCCCUUCCACCAGGAGCAGCCUAUCCUGUGUGGGCGCCGCCCAGCAAUCAUCCGGCUGGCGUGCAGAUGUGGGGGCCACCUGGCUAUCCGCCAUGGCAUGCUCCUGAAAACUGGCAUUGGAAGCCUGCCUAUCCUGUAAUGCAAGCCGACGUGUGGGGUUGCCCAGUGAUGCCGCCUUCUCAUCACAGUCCUGGCUUUGCCUUUCCUCAAAGUGCACCCGGUUGCCAUUGUCCCGACCCAUUGGAAAACAGCUUCGCCAGAAGUUCGUUCGAUUAUCAUCCGGACGAGGAAGUUAUUGACAACAUCGUGAAGGAGGCAAUAAGCAAGCCGUGGUUGCCCUUGCCCCUGGGGCUCAAGCCUCCUUCCAUGGACUGCAUCCUAGCCGAGCUCUCCAGGCAAGGCAUCCCCAGCAUCCCUGCCCACGCCAACCACCACCCCAGUCCGUGCUGACGCGGCGGGGUGCCGCCCGGCUCCGUCCCCAAGCAAAACUUAUCGGUCCCCUGGCCUCCCCAGUCCGGAUCCCUAGAUCGACGGGCGGGGCGAGGACCGACCCACCCAAUCCGACGGUUCGUAUUUCCGGUCCACCCAAAUUUGGCCGAUGUUCAAUAACAAGAGGCUCGAUCUUAUCCAACGGCAGAGAAUAAAGGUGGGGCACCAGAAGCUUUAAGGAGGCAGGCGAUGUGGGCGGCUGGGAAAUCGCCACGUAGGUCGAUGCCUCGCCACAUUUUGGUGGACUUUCUGGUUGUAAUUGUAAAAUGACAUAAGUCAGUCGCCUAGCAACAAAAGGGGACAGGACUUCAUUUGGAGUCACGUUGUUGAGCCUUUGUUAGAUUUUGGGUCAUGUUGAUGUUGCAUGUUGGUCCUCUUGAGAAUGGGGAUGGCCCUGCCUUGUCUGA